AUGCUGUAUAAGUUACUAUUAUUUGGAUUAUGGUUUUCAACAGUAAGAAUGAUAUUGUUUAUAUUACAUAAGUUUGAUAUUGUUUAUAUUACAGUAAGUAGGAUAUUGUUUAUAUUACGUAAGAAUGAUAUUGUUUAUAUUACAGUAAGAAUGAUAUUGUUUAUAUUACAUAAGAAGGAUAUUGUUUAUAUUACAGUAAGUAUGAUAUUGUUUAUAUUACAUAAGAAGGAUAUUGGUUAUAUUACACAAGUAGGAUAUUGUUUAUAUGACAGUAAAAAGGAUAUUGUUUACAUUACAGUAAGUACGAUACUACUUAUAUUACAUAAGUGGGAUAUUGGUUAUAUUACAGUAGGAAGGAUACUGAUUAUAUUAUGUAAAGUGGGAUAUUACUUAUAUUACAUAAGUAGGAUACUGUUUAUAUUACAACAAGCUAUAGGAUAUUGUUUUAUGUUACAGCAAGUAGGAUACUGUAUAUUAUACAUAAGUGGGAUACUGGGUAUAUUACAGUAUAUAGGAUACUGGUUAUAUUACAUUGAUGGGGUUGCAAUUGAUAAAACCUCUAUUAACAUGCAAAUAACGGAUGUAUCAAGAAUAACGUCUCUUAUAUUUCAUGUUAAAGCUUGUAGAGAUGCACACUUCUUUUUCUAUUCGGAUUUAUAUCAAUUAGUGAAAAUUGCCGUCUUGGGCAGUUCUGGUGAUUGUGAUAUUAGACUUGGGUUAGAGACUUUUGAAGUUUCUGAACUAUGUACUGUUGAUUGUUAUCAAUUUAAGCCAUUCUGGAUAAGUUGGCAGUCAAAUUAUAUGCGACUUGGUUAUGGAAAUAUCGUCGACCAGCAGAGUGUUGUGUCAGGGACGUCACCACUCACGUUCAACUUAGCGUAUCUAUCAUUAAUGCGAUAUGAAAAUUUCACUUGGGAAAUAGAGUACCCUGGCAAAGAUCCUGGAAUACAAGAUUUCAAGUUUAUAAGACAUACCAACACACGAUCAAUGUCCAUCUUGAAUGUUCAAACCACAAGAUCUGUGUCACUGUGUGGUAUCUCCUGUAAGCUCUCAACAGAUUGCUUUGGUUUCAACUAUAAUCCUAGUUUGAGCUACGAUAACUGUGAACUUCUAACCUCUUUUCAGCUUAUUGAUAAGAAUAACCCUGAAUUACAAUUACAGAUAAUUCAUCCUUAUGAUUGGAAUUUAUACAUUACCAAAUUCCCUUAG